AUGACUUCUCCCAAGUUGACGAGCAACACCCACAAAGUGUGGAACCACACAUUUGAAUGGACCGACAAGCACUUCACACCUGAAGAACUACUUCCGUUAAGACAGCGGGCUGAUGAUCUCGCCGUGAAUGCCGUGGACCGACUACAGGCUAUCGCUGCCGAACAGAAACAAAGCAAUGCUGUGCCAUGUGCUGGUCGAUUCGACAUGUAUGCUACUUUGAAGAAGCAUCAUGAAGAAGACCGUGGCUUGCAGGAGCUAUGGGAGGAAAUAAACUCAGUCCCCGAGUGGGUUGAUUGGACACAAAUUGAGCGAGGUCAAUUGUUCCUCUGGCGUUAUUUGAUCCCCAACCUUACCGGGCUUGCACUCCAAGGCUUCUUGGGAGGAACCGCAACGAUUGCAGGAGGAACCGAAGUUCUUGUGCGGACCGGAGGGUUUUCGAUCCGAGUUAUGCCCAGAAGGUUUCUUGAAACCUUCCUAUGGCUGCUGCAGGUUACAAUGGACCUUGAAUCCAUCCAACCGGGUGGGGAGGGACAUACCUCGACUGUGCGCGUGCGGCUGCUUCAUGCAACCGUACGCCACCGGAUGCUGAAGCUCAUAGACCAGGAUUCGGCCUAUUUUGACGAAGCCGAGUAUGGGGCACCAGUCAAUCUGAGGGAUUCAAUCCACGCGACGGCUAUCUUCUGCUGUAUGCCCCUAUUCCGGCAACUCCCAAAUAUCGGUAUCCAGCCCCGCCCAGACGAGGCGAGAGACUUCCUCGCGUUGUUCCGCUACAUCGCCUACAUCAUGGCCACUCCAAAUUCCUAUUUCGAUGGAGUCGACCAAUGCAAGGCGACCAUGGAGAGCAUCAUGCUCUGCGAGCCUCCGCCAACAGAGUCGUCCAAACUGAUUGGAUUGAACUUUGUCACUGCAAUCCAGGAUUUUCCUGGCAUCAAUGUAUCGAAAUCAAUGAUCGAGGUUGGUUGUCGCGCCAUGAGCGGGGAUGAGAUGGGCGAUGAGAUGGGGCUUUCUCGGCCCGGAAUGUUCUACUAUGCCUCAUUCAAGGGCUGGUGUAGGCUCCUCGUGGUCAUCACCGCCCUGCAGCGAUGGAUCCCAGCUUUUGAGCGAAUGGUAAUCAGGAUCAAAAGAAGCAAUGCUGGUCAACGUGUUUGGGGCCUCGAUGCUAAAAGAAGGAAACAAAUUUGA